AGAAACUCAGUUAUCUUGGGCUUCCAGAUGAGCAGUUGCUGCAGAAACAACUGACUCUGGGGAGUAUACAGCAGACAUGGAACCAAAGAAAAUCAGGGAAGGUUAUCUUGUGAAAAAGGGCAGCGUAUUCAAUAGCUGGAAACCCAUGUGGGUUGUGUUGCUGGAAGAUGCUAUUGAAUUCUACAAGAAAAAAAGUGACAAUAGUCCCAAGGGAAUGAUCCCUCUGAAAGGAAGUACUCUUACCAGCCCCUGCCAAGACUUUGGUAAAAGAAUGUUCGUGUUUAAACUUGCCACAACCAAGCAGCAAGACCACUUUUUCCAGGCUGCAUACCUGGAGGAGAGAGAUGUCUGGGUGCGAGACAUUAAGAAAGCUAUUAAGUGCAUUGAAGGAGGCCAGAAAUUUGCUAGGAAAUCCACCAGAAGGUCCAUUCGACUGCCAGAAACCAUUGACUUAAGUGCCCUAUAUUUAUCUAUGAAGGAUGCUGACAAAGGAAUAAAAGAACUAAAGAUUGAGAAGGACAGGAAGGUGUUCAACCACUGUUUUACAGGUAACUGUGUGAUUGACUGGCUUUUAUCUAAAAAAUCUGUUCGGAAUCGUCAGGAAGGUCUCAUGAUUGCAUCUUCACUACUGAAUGAAGGUUUUCUACAGCCUGCUGGGGACUUGUCUAAGAAUGCAGUUGAUGGAACUGCUGAAAUAUCCUUCCUUGAUAACCCUGAUGCUUUCUACUACUUUGCAGACAGUGGAUUUUUCUGUGAAGACAAUUCCAGUGAUGAUGAUGUGAUUUUAAAGGAAGAAUUCAGAGGAAUAAUCAUUAAGCAAGGGUGCCUACUGAAGCAGGGGCAUCGGAGGAAGAACUGGAAAGUGAGGAAAUUUAUUCUGAGGGAGGACCCUGCAUAUUUGCAUUAUUAUGAUCCUGCAGGGGGAGAAGAUCCAUUGGGGGCAAUUCACUUGAGAGGUUGUGUAGUCACUGCAGUGGAGAGCACCCCUGAGGCUAAGAAGAGUGGUGAUGAAAACCUUUUUGAGAUCAUCACUUCCUCUGAAGUUCAUUAUUUCUUACAAGCUGCCUCCCCUCAGGAACGCACUGAGUGGAUCAAAGCCAUUCAGGUGGUCUCUCGGACCGGGAAGUGAAAAGGAGGUGAAAAAUCAACUUUAACAGAAUGAUUGUGGCUUCAGUCAUCAAAUCUUCUCCUGAGUCCAUCUUAAAAGAAGGAAAGAAAGAUCUGCUAUGGAUUCUGACUAUAGCUAGCCCUCUAUUUGAUGAUUUCUGUGUUCUAACUCCUACACAGCUCCUUUUUCUAUCAGCCUUCCUCCAGCAGGUACAACCACCUUUGUGACUGUGGGCAAAUCAGUUAUCCUCUUUCAGGACUAUUUUUCUCAUAUGCAAGAAGAUUGAGAAAGCUACAAUAAUUUUUAAUGAUCACAACAAUGGUAGUGGUGACUUGGCUGGAGUGGAUACCCUUUAAACAAAGCAUAUGAUCUUCUUCUGGUAGAUGAGAGCACAUAGCUGCUUCCAAAUUAUGAGAAAAAUACCCUGAAAAAAAAAAGAGUAAUAAAUUGACUAGUUCAUCAGAACAUUUUUUCUUUACUUAUUCUCUCUCCCUCUUCCUAGUGGACAACAGUAAAGUGAAUUUAAGCAAUUUGCCUUAUUUACUCCAGUGAACUUAAUUGUAGAUUUCCAUUAAAAAAAAAGUCUCAGUGGACUGUUUGAAAGUCUCAUUGGAGUAGAGUCUAUACAAACAAGGACAUUUAAAACAUUUUUUGAUUGAUAUCUUUUGUUUUUAUAGAAUCUAAAUUUCUCAGGGAGCCAUCGCAUUAAAUACAAAAAUUUUUUUUAAAGAAAAAGAAGAGAAAAAAUAGUAGAUCCAAGAAAAAUACAUAUUUUACAAAGGAUACAUUCUGCUGAACAACUCAAGAUUUAUUAUUUCUUUAACGUUUUCAUACUAAACGGAAUUUAGAGAUUAUAAGUACCAAAGCUUUAAAAAAAAAUCUUGUCCUGAAAAUCUUUAUGUAUAAAGUAGGUUGUCUUUGAGUGUUUUUUUUAGUGUGUUUUUUUUAAAUAUAUUUCUCAAUAUUAAAUGUCAAGUGUACCAUACCUCCCUAUUUUUAACUUGUUAUCAAAACUUGAUCUCAAGAAAGGACCAGACAUGUCAUUUUUACUUAAGUGGGAAUUUAUACCAAUCUUUUACAACCUGUUUUUUUUUUUAACAACCUGUUUUAUAACCUAUGGAAGGAUUAUUAAGCAUUAGUGACAGGCAAGAGAGAUUAAGAGUAGGGACAGAGGAGCCAUUUUUUAAAGUCUGAAAUUACACUGAAUAGGUGGGAAUCUAUUGUGUGAAGCUGGGACUGAUUCUCCAGGAAGUUCUCUUUGUUCCAAUAAAUGAUAGCUCUUUUGUACUUCUUGAUGUAUUCUUUUUAAAAAGAAAGAAAAAAAUCACUCCAGUAUAUGGCAUAUAAUGUCGUUGAAUAUUGAAAUGUGAAGUGGUGUGAAUUUCACCCAUGGAUAAUAGCCAAGACCCCUCCCCUACUUCACCGCUAUGCUACCGUGUCACAAUGAACACUGACCCCUCUGCUUGGGUCUUAGCUUUUUCUAAAAGUUCUAAAAACUAUUCACAGUCUUGGCAGCGGACAUUGCAGAGACAAGCUCCAAUAUAUGAUCUUAUUGCAUUUCGGCCUUGCAUUUACUUUUAGCCUAAAGUCAUUACCUAUGGUUUUUCGGGACUAUAUAUAGUACUCCUAAUGAAUCCAAGUUAUGCUUCACAUUGGGGUCUUGCCCAUGGCUUUUGGUCCCAUCCACUACCCUAUGAUUCUGCUCCAGCAGCUCCUACAAUGGAGUUGAUGGAGCUAAGAUGACAUUUAUAGAAGGAAAUGGGAGUAAGAAAUAGUCUUUCCAUGCUAAUUACUCUACUCAUUUCCCUUUUUAUCCUUUCCCCACUCUAUAUUCUCUUUUAUAAAAUCAUUAGUUCUUGUGGAUCAUCCUACUCCCCAGGGAGAUAAGUGAGGCUCACAGCACUUUUUCUAUAAUUUUCUAUCCUCCCAUCCCCAAACAUGCACAGUACUUUCUUUAUAUUGUUUCAAUUAAAAAUGACCUAUUUAUUUGAUAUGUAGUCAAACUUGGUGUUAUAUAUAAAUAAAAUAAACUUGUAUAUUCAAGUAUUUCA